GGUUGGUACGGCAUGUUGUUAGCUUUUCUACUUGGUGUUGUCGACACCAAUACCUAUUACCAAUAUAGAUACCUUCAAUUUUCGUGCAAUUCUCCACUUUCAAAACUGACAAAACACGGACUGGUCUCGCCAGCGCUCAAACCUCACUGUCGUCUCAACUCAACUCACCAAAAAACCUCGCUAGUACUAUCGAGAUGUCAACAACUACAGCAGUGACCACGCUGCCUUCGCCCGCGUGCAAAACCAUCUAUUGUACCCAAUGCAAUCGCAAGUUUGGCAACACCAAGGACCUGCAGAACCACAUCCAGGACUCUCUCUCGCAUCGUGCCGCCGCAUCAUCACUCAAUUGCGAAAUUUGCAAGAAGGCAUUUAAAAGCGAGAAGGCGCUGCAGCAGCACACCCGAAGCUCUCUCCGCUCGCAUUCGUCUUUGUUCAACUGCCGCAUCUGCGAUCGGUCCUUCAACAGCGAAAAGUUUCUGCAGCAGCAUAUUCGUGACUCUCAAGCGCACGCUGCAUCUUUCGACUGCGUUGUCUGUAAUCGAGAAUUCAACAGCAACGAAGCUCUGCAGCAGCACCUUCUCAACUCUGUAACCCACCACCGGCGGCAGCAGCAACCUCGGACCCCGCUCGACCAGUUCUUUCUUUCGUUUAAAACCUUUGAACACGACCCUUCCGAGCCGCCGGCCGCGUCUUUCAACCGCUUACGGAGGCACCAAGGCUGGCGCAGGGGCGAUGCCGAUUCUGAUGACGCCUGGGACAGAUACCAAGCCGCACUUGAGAGCGAGCUUCGCAUGUGGUACGAUUCUGGAAACUCGCUGGCCGCGUGGCACGCUCUCUGCCGCGCCAUUGGCGUCGACCCACUGCCGCAAACGUGCGAGAUGUGCGAGAGGGCCGUGCGAAGCAUCUAUGUCAAUAUUGUCGAUUUGAUCGAAUGGGCACGGGUGCAGCGUGGGCACGACGUGCAGCCGGUCCAAACUUUUGCAAGCUUGGAGGAUCUGCAAUCUUACACGAUUGAAACGAAGAAGAUAUACCAUAAUCGGCUUGAGAAUCUGGAUGAAGACAAUGUCGUCCUGAGGCAUCUGCUCCGGCGCAUUUUCAGAUAGAGGAAUAACGUAAUAAGAGAUUCUGACGCCAAAGAUUCUUUUUACGAAUUUCCAAAAAUCCUACAUCUAGCUCUUCGACCUCUUUUUCUCUUAGCGAGUUUGUAUAAUUUUCAAGAACAGCGCUUCGACCUUUGUAAACUUUCCUUGUCCUUGUGCAUAUCAGCCGCCGUUCUAAAGCAAUAUUGCCAAAUCCUUCAGUGGCUGUUCGCCUUGAGGGCGGUGGUUUACUGCCUUUUUGAUAUGAGCGAAUAGCCUCUGGCAUAUAGACCUGGCGGAAUACGCGUUUGUCGUGUACCGCAACGGCAAAGUUACCGCCCAAGGUUCAGCAGCCUUGGGCGGGCCAUGCCACGUCUUUGACGCCGAAACGGUCGGGGCAUUGCGCGGCUUAGAGGCAGCCGCUGCGAAACCAGGAGACACAAUAUAGGCAUGCGUGGACAGCGCCUCCGUUAUUUGGGGCCUGAGAGGAUCUGUGUCGCUGUCGUCGCAAUGGGCCUAUAUCCGAUUCCACGAACUCGUGGAGGAGCUGAAGGACAAAGGCGUUAGCGUCCGCAUACGAUGGUGCCCGGGUCAUGAGCGAAUCGAAGGGAACGAGAAAGCAGAUCGCCUGGCAGACUUAGGCGCGAAAGGGCCCGCGGACACUGACCCCCGUACCCAGGGGGCGAACGUCAGCGGCGUCCGAUCCGAGCUUCGAAAGGCAGCCCGAGAGGCCAGCGCGCGAUGUUGGCAGGCCAGGAAACCGACACGGGGAUUUUCGAGGAUACCACAACCGGUUUGCCCACCAGGGCGCAAAAACGCAAUGCGCUUGGUGCGAUAACUCCACGGCACCAGACCAUUUGGUCCACUGCCCAAACAGUGUCAAAUUAUGGAAAAAGUGGCCCAACGGCCCGACUCGGCGGCCAAAUACGCAGACCAGACAAGAGUACCUAUAUAAGACAUUGGGAAACCCACGGGCUUUUGAGGAGUUCGUAGCCAUCACUGGCCAUUUCACCCUCCCUCCGCGCCAAAAGCGCACCGAACCGGCCCUAGUGGACACCCCCGCGCGCAGCGGUGCGCACGGACAGACGGCGGAAGGCGCCGCAGGCUGGUCAUACCUCUGCAGGAAUAUAAGUUGCAGGGCCGCAGCAGGCACCCACCCCUACAUCGUCGCGGGCCCGGCCCGUGUCGAUCGAUCCGCUAUAUAGACUUAUGUAGACUUAGAUAGCGCGCCGUGAUGCUCCACGUGCGGCUACAUGCGCGGAGAACCGGCGUUGCCGGCGCUCCGCGCGGCCCGG